CUCUCUCUCUCUCUCUCUCAAUCUCUCUCCCUCUCUCUCUCUCUCUCCCUCUCUCUCUCUCUCUCUCUCUCUCUCCCCGUGGAUGGAACCGAACGGACCGAUAAUCGAGCGCUGGCCUUGAAGAGGAAGGAGAGACCGAGGAGGUGAAGAAGAGGAGGUGAAGAAGAGGAGGUGAAGAAGAGGAGGAGAAGAAGAGGAGGAGACGUAAACACCAGGAGGUCAUGAUUCACUCAAACCAGUCCACCCACUCUGUGUUCUGCUGCUGCUGCUCCCUGGAGACCAGGGAGAUCAGCACCCUCAUGGAGCCGGAGGGAAGAACCUCUCUGUGUUUCCAGAGCAGACGACACCCAGGGCACGCCCGCCAGGUCGACAGGUCCAGGAGGAAGCUCCCUCUCCCCCCCCCUGAGGACCAGAGUGGUGGAUGGCUCCUCAUUGUGGUCGCCAUGUACGACUUCACGGCCAAGGAGGACACGGACCUCACACUCAAACAGGGAGAAGAGUACGUCAUCCUGCACAAACAGGACCAGCUGUGGUGGAGAGCGCAGGACAAACACGGGAGUAAAGGUUUCAUCCCGAGCAACUACGUGACGGAGAAGCACCGGAUCGAGGCCAACGCCUGGUACUGCAAGAACAUCACCAGGACCAAGGCGGAGCAGCUGCUGAGACAAGAGGACAAAGAAGGAGGUUUUGUGGUGCGGGAGUCCAGUCAGAAGGGCGUCUACACCGUGUCUGUGUUCACCAAAACAUCCAGUUCACCUUCACCUGUAGACUCACCUGUACCUGUCUCCUCCGUGUGCAGUGCUCACGGGGACAUUAGGCAUUACCAGAUCAAGGUGAGUGAGGCGGGUCAGUUCUAUUUGGCGGAGAAGCACACCUUCACCUCCAUCCCAGAGGUGAUCCACUACCACGAGCACAACGCAGCAGGGCUCGUGACCCGGCUGCGCUACGCAGUGGGUCCAAUGGGAAGCUGCGUCCCGGCCACCUCAGGAUUCAGCUCAGAGAAGUGGGAGAUCAACCCCAGUGAGUUGACCUUCAUGAAGGAGCUGGGCAGCGGCCAGUUUGGCGUGGUGAGGCUCGGCAAGUGGAGGGCUCAGCACCGAGUGGCCAUCAAGGCCAUCAGAGAGGGAGCCAUGUACGAGGAGGACUUCAUCGAGGAGGCCAAAGUCAUGAUGAGGCUGUGCCACCCGAAGCUGGUGCAGCUGUACGGCGUUUGCCUGCAGCAGCGGCCGCUGCUCAUCGUGGCCGAGUUCAUGGAGAACGGCUGCCUGCUGAACUUCCUGCGGCAGAGGAGGCGGAGCCUCACGGAGGCGUGGCUUCUGUCCAUGUGCCAGGACGUCUGCGAGGGCAUGGAGUACCUGGAGGGCCAGAGCUUCCUCCACAGGGACCUGGCAGCCAGGAACUGUCUGGUGAACGACCACAAGGUCGUGAAGGUCAGCGACUUUGGAAUGACCAGGUACGUUCUGGACAACCAGUACACCAGUUCGAGCGGGGCCAAGUUCCCAGUGAAGUGGUCUCCUCCGGAGGUUCUCCACUACAGUAAAUACAGCAGCAAGUCUGACGUCUGGUCCUUUGGUGUGGUGAUGUGGGAGAUCUACUCCGAGGGCCGGACCCCGUUUGAAAACCGCUCCAACUUGGACGUUGUUAAUGAAAUCACCAGAGGAGUCCGGCUGUACCGCCCACACCGAGCCACACAGCCGCUGUUCACCAUCAUGUACCAGUGCUGGCACGAGAAGCCUCAGGGUCGGCCAUCUUUCUCAGAGCUACUGGAGGAAAUCAGAAAACUGGCCGAACAUCCGGAUUCCCACACUUUGUUGUUGUAAACAACAACAACACCAAACUCAUAUUAAUGCGACUAUAUGAUGUCAUUGUAAAUAAGUAUUUUUUUCACAUAACUUCAACUCUCACAUAACAUGUUUUUUUUGUUUUGGAUUAAUAAAAACGUUAUUUACUUGUAA